CAUGAUUGCCAAGCACGUCCAGGCGUUAAGAACCCAUCCCACGUCUUAACUCCGAUGGAUUCUCAAAAACAGUCAUAAAUCAAAUCUGUGCUGUUAAUACCUGACGACAGUAUUUGUCGACAGUGACUGCUACCUACUUUACGACUUGAACUAGGCAGUAGGACCUAGCAAUCGUUGGCUAGAUUAAACUCACCAUGACUGUCACAAACAAUAUCAUUUCGUCUGGCUACCAGAGACGCUUCUGGGUCGAGACGUCUUUAAUUCAGAGCCAUACCUUGUCUCAGGCCGCCGGCUGCAAGAUUUUUCUCAAACUAGAGAACCUCCAGCCGUCUGGGUCCUUCAAGUCAAGAGGCAUCGGACAUUAUCUACUUCAGCGGUUGUCCGAGCUUCCUCGUGACGCACCCAAGCCACACGUUGUCACAUCAAGCGGUGGCAACGCAGGGUUGGCGGCCGUCCACGCUGCGCGCAACGUCGGGCUGCCAUGCACCGUUGUGGUGCCGCUGUUGAUCAAGCCUCUGAUGAUCGAGAAGCUGAAGGCAGCCGGGGCACAUGAGGUGGUGCGGCACGGGGCCACAUGGCAAGAGACCGACGACUAUGUGCGGCAUGAAUUCAUGGCCAAGUCCGAGGUUCCUACCAUCUACAUCCCACCCUUCAACCACCCCGAUGUCUGGACCGGCCAUUCAACCAUGGUGCACGAGAUGGCCAAGCAGAUGCCGACGGGGACGCUUCCGGACGCUAUAAUAUGUUCGGUGGGCGGCGGAGGCCUGCUCAACGGUAUCUGCCAGGGCGUCGAUGACGUAGCGGCGGCUGCUGAUCCCAGCCGCGCCAAGCCCAUAAUCCUGGCCGUGGAGACCGAGGGCGCCGAUUCACUGAAUGCUUCGGUCAAGGCCGGCGAGCUGGUUGAGCUUCCCGGCAUCACGUCGCUGGCUACAAGUCUGGGCGCCAAGAAGGUGACAGUUAAAACGCUAGAGUACGCGCAGCAGGACCAUGUGAGGUCGCACGUACUGACAGAUGCCGAGGCAGCAAUGGGCUGCUGGAAGCUGGCUGACGACGAGAGGCUGCUUGUCGAGCUCGCAUGUGGAGUCAGCGUCAGCUUGUGUUACGGCGGGCGACUGGAAAAAGCGCUGGGGAGGAAAGUGAAGGCCGACGACAGUGUCGUCAUUGUACUUUGUGGAGGGAGCAACAUCACGGUCGAGAUGCUACGGGAAUACCGGGAGAUGUUUGGGGGGCAUGCCGCUGUCGCAGAGCACCAAACUAGUUCUAGUAUCUAAGGUCGGGAGCGGAAUGGUGCAGAAGGUCCAGAUGGAUACAACUAGAACUAUCUAGAUUAGAGACUAUCUAGAACUAGAGUGGACUGUGGUUCUCCACCAUGGGCAGGCACGAAAUGCUGGUAGAUGCAGCAAACAAACAGCACAAGCACAAGCACAAUACAAAGACAGGCUUGCCAGGUAGCAAACCACUUGGGCAAAAAAACAAAAGACCAAAGCUGCAAAAAGACGCAGCCAAUCCCGGCCUGGAUCUUUCUUUCUCUUUUCAACCUUUUCCGUACGGCUGCAGGGCAUUCAUCUGGAUAUGCGCCGAAGUUCACUUUUAUUUUUCUCUUUCUCCAA